GGUUUGAAAUGACUAAAAUGUUACCUCAAACUAAAAUGCAUUUCAUUUAAAGACUAAAACUAGGACUAAAAUUAAAAAUAGCUGCCAAAAUUAACACUGCUGGUUAGCUUAGUUUAGCAUGAAAGGGCAAAGUUAAAAUUUUGCUGUGUCAGGACAAAAUCCAACUACACACCCUUAAAGCCUUUUCACCAAAUUAUUUUUAUCCUAGACAUUACAUGAUACAAUAUCUAUACAAAAAUUAAAGUCAAUAUAAUAAGUAUAAUGUGUUGCCUAAUUGAUGGCAAUUACUGAUCUAAGACAUAACACUCAGAACUACAAAUCAUUGUCUUUACAGGUUGGUUUUUGUGUGAAGAUUAAACGGCACUGGAUAAAAAGCAGCAAUGUGAUAAUGAAUGGCUUCUUGUGUACUAGUAGCUUCUUGCAGAAUCAUGCUAGCUAAACUGUCUUGCAACAAGUUUUGACUCCAAACUUAGCUAAGCUAACCCUCUGCUUCAUAUCAUAACUUUUAAAGCCAAUAUCUGCUGUUAUUGAUAUCAGCCGAUGUUAUGAUGCAACUCCAGUGGCAAUGGCUUAUCAGUAUCUAAAUUUUGUCUUUAGCUCUUUGUUAGUUGUUGUUUUUUUGUCUCUUCAGUGUCAGGCAGUUUGCCCUUCAUAAUGCGUCCCUUAGUGGACAGCAUCGUCCUGGUCUUGGUUCUAGUUCUUCUUCAUCCUGCUGCGGGAUACAAUCUGGAUGAGGAAAACAGUCUGGAGUUCAAUGGUCCCUCCUCCUCCAUGUUUGGAUACUCAGUUCUGCUGCAUCGCUUUGGAGAUCAAAAAUGGUUGGUUGUAGGAGCCCCAGAAGCAAACUCAUCCUCCAGACCAUUGGUACGAUCCCCCGGAGCUCUAUACCGCUGUGACAUCACUGCAGAGCACCGCCGCUGUCAUCACAUGCAUGCUGAUGUACAAGACUGUGGGAAGACAUGUGAAGCAGAGAGUGAUCAUCAGUGGCUGGGAGUCAGUCUGUCCAGACAACCUGGAGACAACAAGGGACACGUCCUGGCUUGUGCUCAUCGCUGGAAAAACGUCUACCACUCAAAGAAAGACGGUCAGAACAACAAGCUGCCUAAUGGAGUCUGUUAUCACUAUGGUGACAACUUGAAACGUGCCCAGCCUAUGAUCCCCUGCUACAGAGACCACCAGAGGAAGUUUGGUGAGGAUUAUGGGUCAUGUCAGGCCGGCAUUUCCAAUUUCAUGACGGAGGAUCUGAUCAUCAUGGGGGCACCAGGGACAUCUUAUUGGAUGGGUUCAGUUCUGGUCUUUAACACAACCAGUCGAGGGAUGUCAGUCUUCCUGGAUGAUGAAAGCGGAGCUGUCAAUUUUGGAAGCUAUCUGGGUUACUCUGUCGGAGCUGGUCACUUCAUCAGUCCUGAAACAGUGGAGGUAGUUGGUGGAGCGCCACAGUACAACCAAAAGGGAAAGGUCUACAUCUUCAUAGUAGAGGACAGAUUGCUGAGUAUUGUCUCUGAAGUGUCUGGAACAGAGCUGGGAUCGUACUUUGGCUCCAGUGUGUGCGCGGUGGAUCUGAAUGCUGAUGGUUUGUCGGAUCUGUUGGUUGGUGCUCCAAUGGCAACAGGCGUCACCAGGGAAGAGGGAAGAGUUCAUGUGUACAUCAAUCAGGGGCAGGCAAAUCUGAUGGAAGCAGAGUUUCAGCUUACUGGCAGAGAUGCUUAUGCUGCCAGGUUUGGAGAGACCAUCGCCAAUCUGGGAGACCUUGAUGACGAUGGCUACCCUGAUGUGGCAGUUGGUGCCCCACAGGAAGACAACCUUAAAGGAGCCAUCUACAUUUACAACGGCAGGAAGGAAGGCAUUUCACCAACCCCGUCUCAGAGGAUCACUGGAUCCACCCUCGGUCAUGACCUCAGGAUGUUUGGCCAGUCGCUCAGCUCUGGCAUUGACAUUGAUGAUAACGGCUACCAAGAUGUGGCGGUUGGUGCUUUCCUUUCAGACUCAGCUGUGGUUCUCAGGACCCGCCCUGUGAUUCAGGUGAAGGCGUCUCUGAUUUUACCAGAAACGGUUGACAAGAGGGUGGCGCUGUGCAAAGAGCACAAGACUCCAACUGUCUGCCUCAACGUUACCGUCUGCUUCAGCGUCAAAUCCAGACAUUUCAGAGGAGUAAUAGAUCUCCAGUACAAUCUGACUUCUGACCUCCUCCAUAAGCCAUCUUUCCCUCAUCGAUUUUAUUUCCAUGGUAACGGGUCUUCAAACAGCACAAGGGGGCGUGUGAGAGCAAAACAAGGCCAGGUCACUUGUGGAACACAUGUGGCUUAUCUGAGGAAAGACGUCAGGGACAUUUUUACUCCAGUACAGUUUGAGGUUUCCUACAGUCACAGAGAAACGAGCUCCCACAGAUCCUCCUCAAGAAUCUUCCCACCACUAAAACCCAUUCUGCAGCAGAGUGCAGGACACCAGAACACUAUCACCAACCAGACAUGGUUUUCCCGUUCCUGUUCUCUGGUGAACUGUUCCACCAACAUGCAGCUGUCUGCUCAGCUAGAGCUACCACAGCAGCAGAGGUACUUUGCUCUUGGCUCUGGGGAGACCAUCUUGUUGAAAACCUCACUUCUGAACUCAGGAGACGAUGCCUUCCUGCCCAGAGUCAUGCUUCGUUUCCCUGACAACAUCCACUACAUUAAAGUCCUUAACAAUGACGACAACAGCAUCAGCUGUGAUGUCAAACAGGAAGAAAACAGCACAGCAGUGGGUGUUGACUGCGGUGUAACAAGCCUCCUUCUUCCUGCUAAUGCUCAGUUAAAUAUCAGCUUCCUGUUAGAUGUCAGCCACAACAGCACACCUGGUGACAUCAUGAUUCACAUCAACACCAGCAGUGAUAACUAUGAGAAAGAAGAGUUUCUCCAUGAUAACUCCAUCAGUCUGUCUCUCCCUCUGAAACAUGAAAUCAAUGUCAACAUCCAUGGAUUUGUGACUCCCACCACAUUUGUGUUUGGAGAUGAAGAUGUGACUCCAGUUGACUGCUACCCUGAGAGAUUCAACUACACAUACAAGGUGUUGAACUCUGGUCCCAGCAGAUCUGUGGAUACUGUAGUUGAAAUCGCGUUACCAAAGAUCCUCAAUCCUUACAGACACAGGCUACUGCAGGUGUUCAACUGGCAGUCAUCCCUCGGUGCGUGUUCACUCAGUGACACAACAGUCUCAGCCAUUGAAGAUUGUGAGGUUCCUGAAGCUUCCUUCAUCAAACAGCUCGUCUUCUUCUUUUCAUCAACGUCGACUCGCAAAAUGUUUUGUGGCCGUGAUGAUGACCUAUGUGAGCGGUUAGUGUGUCAUCUCGGUAACCUGGAGGCAGGAAGAGAAGCUAGCAUCCAGCUGGAGACCAAACUGAACCCUGCUGUACUGCUGCAGGCUCCGGGUCGUCAAGGUAUCAUGAGGAUAGAGAGUACAGCAGUCAUGGCUAAUCCAAGAAAAGGACCUCACACAGUCCUCAUCCAUGAACAGCAGGUAGCAGAGGUGGUGGUGGAGGCUCUUUUUGCACAGAAACCCACAACAUUAGUGAAGAUCUUCAUCAUCAUUAUCAGUUUAGCUUUGGGUCUGAUAAUCCUGGCUGCUCUUAUCUGGUGUCUGUGGAAGGCUGGUUUCUUCAAGAGAGACUUCCAGAAGAAUAAAGAGGAGGAGGAGUUCAAGAGAGACAGCUGGGACUAUGUUCCCAAAAACGACAAACGAGAGAGCACUUCCUAAUCCCGACCUACACCUCUGACUGCUGAUAUCUGAACACAGGAUGAUGGAGUUUACACAGUGACUGUAUAACAGUCACUAAUGAGACAUGUGCUGAUGGAUGAGGUGCUGUGAAAAUAUGGCAACCCAAUUUUCACCAGAACGGCAGGAAAUACUGCUGUUGAACAUCAUCGGCCAGUGAAAUCUCUCCGGACUGUGUCAAGUGGACUGCAGCCAAAAUCAGACAACAGAUUUGUCUUUUGAGUGUGACACACUUGAACUGUCUCCUGAACACACCUGAAUCUUGUGCCUUAUGUUUUACCUUGACAUGCCUUAACAAAUAUAGACUCGUUUAAUGACUUGAAGAAGGCUGCAGUGACCAAUGGAUGGAUGGAGGAUUAUUUUUAAAAGGGAAAUGAUUGAAUUGGAAGGUCUUCAAGAAUCUCUUGGAUGUGGCAUCACCUGAGUCCUUUUUUACCUUUUCAAAAGGAAACAAACCAAAGGAAGAGACUUUUAAAGACCUAUAAUCUCAGGGGAUGGUAUCUGUUCUCUGAUUGACUCUUACUUUUCUUUUUUUUGUCUGUGUUCGUUCUCUUUUAAUGUUAUUGUUUACCUGCUGACCAAUAUUUUAUGCACUGGCUACACAAGCAGCGCAAACUGGUUAUAUUUCACUAUAUGACCGCCGUAGCGAGGGUUGCUGCAUUUUACUGUUGCAGGAUAUUAUAGAGUUGCUGCUUUCUGUGAGUCACUUCAGACUAACACUGGCAGCAUAAUGCAUCUGUGCCUUAAUGGAAAUCACUCUUUUUGCUCUGUCGCGUGUUUCUUCUGCUUUCAGAUGUUUUUACUCUUGAGGGGUCAUUUUGAUGGCAAGAGACCUGGAAAGUCUAGGUUAAGAUGCCCUCUGUAUGCUAAGCAUAGUAGCCAACAGAGGGCAGCAACAAGACUGGCAUUUCAAAGUUUUCUUGAGUGGCUCUGAAAGUUGUUAGUUAAUUAUUUAGCAAAAUUGUCCCUGCAUUAUCCUCAAUUGAAUUAUACAGGAUGGAAUGGGUGUCAUGUCAACAACAUGGUGUUCUCUUGCAUCAUUUCAAGGAUAUGGGACCAACUCAUGGCAUGUGACACAUAGAGAAGCAAGUAACAGGGCACCGGUAGCCUGGUGGUUGGUGGUCAUGUCUACGCAAGUGGUCCAGAUUCAAAUCUGACCUGUGGCUGCUGUCUUUCUUACCCUCACGCAAUAGGAGCACCAGUUACAAAGCAACAAAAUCAGCUUGAUAUCAUUGAGUCACAUUGUAGUAUCCUGAGAGGCCUCAAACAAUGCUUUUCCUCUGUUGCACAUAUUUUCUGCUCUCUCCUUCACAUCAGCAUGGACAAGGAACAAGAAAGGAGGGAAAUGACAAGAUACCAGGAGUAUCAGACAGUAAAAUAUUCUCAAUCUUCUUUCCUUUUCCUCACUCACUAGAGCUUGCUGGCUUGGUAUACAAAGUGGUGAUAGUUGUGAAUUGAUAAUAUUAAUAUCUUUGUUUGAAUUGUGGUGCUCUGACUUUUACCAACAUGGUUGCAAAGCCAUGCGAGCUGUCAGAGGUUUGUUUCAAUAGAAAAUGUCACACCUCGCCCAUACACUUCCUUUAAAAGCAAAAUAAGAGUGCUUUGAGGGGAAAAACAGAAAUGUACAGGGCAGAGAAUUAUAUAUUUUACAGAUGCCAUGUGGUUAGUGAGCAUGCUUAAUAUGAUGUCUGAUGCACGUUGUUAGGAUAUGGUGUCUGUAAGAUGUGCUUCAAAUUUUAUAAUGCAGUAUUUUACUGGAGUUUUAUCAAAAGCCACUGAAAAAAAAUAAGUUUUAGUUGUUUCUGGAAAAUAUAGAUUUGUUUUUUAUUGACAAAAACCUGAACUGCUGCCCAUCCAGUUUCAAACAUUUGCUUGUUCUUGUUGUGUCAUCUACCAUGGAGCCAAAUACAUAAUAAAUAAAUAAAAAAUAGAAAAUUGAUUUAAAAAAAUUACAAUAAUGAUAAUUUUCAUAGAAAAUUUAAGAAAAAUAUUAGGCAAAUGGCCUUCAAACAAAUAUUACAUAAACUUCAGUUAAACUUAUGUCAACUUUUCUAGAAAGAAUCAGUUCAUAAUUGUUACUCCUGUAGGAUUUGAAUAUGAAUAAUGAAGCAUUUCAUUUAUAACGUGCUUUUUUUUUUUUAAAGUAGUCAAACAUGCUGCACACAUUUUAAAAAGCAAAAUGUUUGUGUACAUUUUUUUGCCAAACUUUUUUUUGGUCAAUAUCUGUUUCAGUCUCUUAAUUUUAAAGGUAAAAUGCUCUUAAAUUUUCCUAAGCUAUCAGUGUGAAAGUGCUGUAAAAGAUGUGACUAGAUAGAUAAACUAGAUAGAAAGGGGAAAAAAUAGACAACAAAUCAAGAGACAAGGUUGAAUGAUGGAUGGCUACUUGAAAAUGUUUUAAGAUAUUUAAUAUACUCACAAGCUUGUCUUUGUUUCAGUUUGUUGCUUAUGCAUACAUUUAAAAGAGCUGCUAUGCUUCUAUUUGUUUCUGUAUUUUGUACAAAUGCACAACACAAAGAUGUUUUAAAAUAUUUUAAUAAUAACUUUAUUCUUGUUGUUUAUGUGAUGAUAUUCUGCACUGGAGAGUCUCACUGCUUUUGUCAACACGUUUCUAUUAAAAUGAAGGAUUUUCUUU